AUGUCGCACGAGAAACCCAUUUCGGCUCAUGUCGAAGACCUGGCAGACCCCCAUCUGUCCGAGUCCGACGCCCACAUCCUCCGCCGCGCCCAAGACGUCGAGGUCUCCAUGACCGUCCGGCAAGCCUUCCGGAAAUACCCCGGUGCCAUCGCUUGGUCGGCCGCUAUGACCCUCAGUAUCGUCAUGGAGGGCUACGAUACUGGGCUCAUCAGUAGCUUCUUCGCCUACCCCAGUUUCGUCGAGAAGUACGGGGUCUACUACGCCGAGAUCAACAAGAAGCAAAUCCCUGCCGAGUGGAUGCUUGGCCUCAACAAUGCCAUCUCCUGCGGUCAGCUCAUCGGUCUCGUCUUGAACGGAUGGGCGAUGGAGCGCUUCGGUCACCGUCGCACCAUGAUCUUCGCCCUCGUCCCCCUCAUGGGCUUCAUCGGUCUCCAAUUUGCCUCCCCCAAUCUUCCCAUCCUCCUCCUCUCCGAAAUCCUCAUCAGCAUCCCAUGGGGCGUCUUCACCGUCAUGGGCACGGCCUACUCUUCCGAGCUCUGCCCUACUGCCGUCCGAGGCUAUCUCACCUCCCUCACCUGCGUUGCGUGGGUCAUCGGUCAGAUGAUCUGCGCUGGCGUCCUCGUCGGCCUCGUCAACCUCGGCAACGAGUGGUCAUACCGGAUCCCCUUUGCCCUCCAAUGGGUCUGGCCCAUACCCCUCAUUGCCAUCGCCUACUACGCCCCGGAAUCCCACUGGUGGCUCGUACGGCGCGGCCGCCUCGAGGAGGCUCGUCAGACCCUCCGGAGGAUCACCAGCAAGCACGUCUCGGAGGACGAGCUUGACGGUGUGCUCGCUACCCUGGUGCACACCAAUGACUACGAAAAGCGCCAGGGUAAGACCGAGUCGAGCUACCUCGAUUGCUUCAAAGGCGUCCAUCGGCGCCGCACGGAGAUCGCCUGCCUCAUGCUUAUCUCCCAGAGCUGGUGUGGCGAGCGGUUCGCCUACAACCCCACCUACUUCUUCUCCCAAGCCGGUCUCAACUCCAACGCGGUCUACCAACUCAAUCUCGGGUCUACUGCCAUCUCGUUCUGCUGCAUCGGUCUGGCGUGGUUCCUCAUGUCUUACAUGGGACGGCGGUACAUGGUGAUCGGUGGGCUGUUCGGGAUGUCGGCCUGCCUCCUCAUCAUCGGAUGUCUGGCCACGAUGGAGAAGGGGACCUCGACCUGGAUCCAGGCGGCCUUUGCCAUGAUCUGGAUCGCCUUCUAUGGGGUCAGUAUCGGGCCCAUGGCGUACACUAUCGUCGGCGAGAUUUCCUCCACCCGUACUCGCAACCACACCUUUGCCCUCGCCCGCAUCGCCUACAGUUGCAUCAACAUCUCCAGCAAGGUGAUCGAGCCCUACCUCAUCAACCCCACCAAGCUCAAUCUCGCGGGGAAGACCGCCUUCUUCUGGUUCGGGACGAACACCAUCAUCCUCCUCUGGGCCAUCUUCCGUCUGCCGGAGACCAAGGGAAGGUCGAAUCAGGAGCUGGACAUCCUCUUCGACAGGAAGGUCAGCGCCUGGGCGUUCAGAACCACCAAGGUCGACAUUAUCGCCGAGGCUACCGAGCCUGAGGGUAUGGAGGGGGAGGAUGCGUACGCGGACAAGGACGGCGAAGCACUGGGGAUGGAGGAGCGCCCGGCUAUGCCUGAGCUGAAGCACUGA